GGCAAAUCCACAAUAAAAUACCGGUCAACCGUCCAUCACCCCCCUCCGCAGGCUGCUACUCAGUCUCCUUCCGACCUUCCUACCAUUUACAGUUGUUUGUUAAAAAGAUCAUCACGUUUUAUGCUUCCUACCAAAUUACCAAACACAGAAAAUCAUGACAAAUUCCAAAUUCAAUGUUCACAACUACUCGUGAAGAUUACUACAAAAGAUGAAACUGCAGCUUAGUCGAAAAAUUGUUCACGUUAAUUUUAGGUGGUGCAUACUCGACCGGGUUUCGAUUAUCCGGGGGUUUUUCAGAUUCAUCUGGGACAGGCUUCUUGCUUGUUCGAUAGGGAAGCCGGCGGCCAGGUACCGGAGAUUGCCCAGCGGAGCUUUCUCGCCGCCACCGGAAGUUUUGGAGGGAGUUAUGGUGGUGGACAAUCCCACAAGUACUAGUUGUAACGUGUAUGAGACGGAUGCGGAUUUGGUGAGCUUGAAGAUCAGUUUGCUGGGUGAUUGCCAGAUUGGAAAGACAAGUUUUAUGAGCAAAUAUGUUGGGGAUGAGCAAGAAGAUAGAUAUUUGCAGAUGGCAGGAGUAAAUUUGAUGGAUAAAACGUUGAUUGUUCAAGGCGCUCGGAUUUCGUUUAGCAUUUGGGAUGUCGGAGGUGACCAGAGUUCGAUAGAUCAUGUUCCAAUAGCCUGUAAAGACGCAGUAGCAAUUUUGUUCAUGUUUGAUCUUACUAGUAGGUGCACACUAAACAGUGUUAUUGGAUGGUACUGUCAAGCAAGAAAAUGGAACCAGACAGCAAUUCCCAUACUAAUUGGGACCAAAUUUGAUGAUUUUGUGAGACUUCCUCCAGAUCUGCAAUGGACAAUUAUAACCCAGGCCAGGGCUUAUGCAAAGGCUAUGAAGGCGACCCUUUUCUUCUCGAGUGCAACCCACAACAUCAAUGUGAACAAGAUUUUCAAAUUUAUCUUGGCCAAGCUUUUUAAUUUGCCAUGGAAAGUUGAGAGAAAUUUGAAUAUUGGAGAGCCAAUCAUCGAUUAUUAAAAUUUAAAAGUGUAUUUUCUUUAGCCACUCAUUCCGUGUACAUAUUUUCAGGAUAAAAAAGAGAAAUGAUAACCACAUGCAUACUUUGUUCAUUGUUUUCGAUUGAUUUAUUCAAUCGGAUGAACUGAAAUAAGGAAGAGUGUGUUAGAGUACAAAAAUAUUAUGUGGUUAUUAAUAUCAUUUCUCGAAAUAUAGAGAAAGGAUUUAUGUUG